ACUGUUGAUUUUGUGAAUGUGGAUGGAGAGUGCUCUGAAUCGAAGUAAAAUUUGCUGUGUUCGUUUCAAGUUACCGAUCAGGAUCUCGUCUUUAUUUCAUAAAGUGUCACACGCAUGCUGAGCGUGUUUUGUAGUUGUUGAAGAGAAACAUGUUCCCCAUAUCCCAAAGUGGACUUGGAGGAAAUCAGCAAAGAGGCAGUCGAAAAAAUGAGGAAUGGACCACAAACUGUCUUCAGCUGGUAUAUUCAGCACAUCGAACACUUUCAGCCAUGUGUGAGAACGUGGACACAGGGGAGGACAGUGCACCAAAAGAGCCGCCUGGACUCCGAUGCACUCCAGUCUCUGAGGAGCUAGCCGUGGAACAGAUGGCUGCUGUGUUUAUGGAACAGUGCCAGGCUUUGACCCAGAUACUCAGCAUGCCUAUGGAAGGUCUUGUGAGGUUGCCUCUGGGUGUAAUUCUCAAACUUAUCACACGCUCUCUGAAUAUGUCUUAUAAGGAUGUGACUGCCCUGCCAUCUUUGAAGGACCUUGCCAGUGUUCUUCCCUCCUUACAACAGUCGUCUAUGGAAGUUCUGUGUUCCUUGAUAUUGUGCUGCAACACUAACCUACUGCCGCAAAGCAGGCUUAUCCUGGACCUUCUUCAACGAGUUCUGGUGUCCACAGGGCGCAUGGAGAGCCAUGAAAAAAGCACAACCCGCUCAUGGGUGUACCGCGUUCUGUCUGAAUGGCUGAAAAUGGCGGGCAUGGGUCGGCACUUCCUGUCUCAUCUGAACUAUUUCAUUCAAGAGAUUGUCUCUGAUGUUCAGUUUAUCGACAAACCUCACAAGGAGGCAAAUGGCAUUGGCACAGCAGAGGCCACUGCUGUAGACGAUGCCGUCAGCUCAAGAGCAACGGGGAAGGGGAAAAAGAAGAAAAAGAACCGUACAGCCGACUCUUACAAAGACCUAUCAGUGAUGAAUAAUCUUAACAGUGGAGUGGAUCCAGGACUGUGCAAGCCUUACGUUGCAGAGGCUACGUUUUGUGGUUUGGAAUUGUCAAAGGUCAUCCUUGAAAGAGGGCAGUUUAUAUUGCUGCAGAAACUUGUUAGGCACAUUCUGGAGACCACAUCUACCCUUCAGCGCACAGAUGCCUCGUCCCAUUCAGCAUACAGCCAACUUGCAUGCAGGCUCGGGCUCUAUCAUGUGGUCUGGGUCUGUUCUCAGGUUCCCCUGGACAAUGGUGUGGGCACUGCAGACACAGUCGCUCAUUUCCAGCAGACCAACCAAGCUCUGUCAUUGAUUUCCCGUGCCAGCCAUGCAGGGAGUUUUGUGGAGGUACGCAGCUUUUGCCAAGAACGUCUCUUUUCCAUGCAUUCUUUGGGAAGCCUGUCAAGACCAAUUGUGAGGAAAGUUUUGCCUGAUGACAAAGAUGAAUCCCAAGACUUGUCUGAAACUGUGAGAGAAGUAGAAAAAUUAACCGAAGAAAACGACUCGUUGAGAAAACGAAUGCUGGAGGUGGAAAUGGAGAGACACAACCAGGCCCGGCUGGUGGCAUCGUUACAACAGGAAAUUGUAACCCUGAGAGCUGCUCAGAUUCAGGAAAGGAACAAUGCAGAAGAGUCUGAACAUGACUCACCAGAUGACCAAGAUGAUGUGGUGCUACCUGACAAUGGUUCUGAAAUGGAGGUGAACAGAGAAAAUGAGGAAGAAGAACAAGAAACAAGUUUGGCAGAAACAAGCCUGAAAGACUUAGAAGAAGAAAAAGAAGUGCACACGAAGAUGGAAGAUGCUAGAAAGGGGAAACGAAAAAGGAAAGGAAAGAAGAAAAAGAGUCUUCAGAUGAACUCCAGUACUGCGGAGACCCCAGAGUUGGACAGCAAGCCUGGGUCGCAUUCAAAUAGCGGUCUGUCACCUCAAAUUAAGAAACGAGCUGUUUCAUCAGACAAAGACAUUGAAAAGUCAGAUGUAAAGAAAAUGCGGGUCGUCACGUCAAAUCAGGAUACGAAAACGGAAGAAAUUCAAACUGAGCCUGAUCCUGAACAUGUGCAAGAAAUGCUGUUAGAUUUUGUGGAUGCUGAACCAGAUGCUUGAUAUCUUCCCCUGCAGUAGGCCCUACAACACCAGACAAAUAAGAUUUUUUAAAAUUCAUUACGCAGCUAUCACCUAGUUGGAAUUAAAACUGCCGAUAUUGCAUUGCGUUCUCUAUGAAUAUAUAUGUCACCUGUAUGUCAAAAUACAACGGCUGGCCAAGAGAUUGAUGUUGUGUAUGGAGAAUUUCAAUUAAAGUACAUACAUGCAUCUCUGUAUGUUAUUUGUUAUACAAAGUAAAAACAACGCUCUCUCUGAGUUGUCUAAGUCUGAGUGAAGGAAUAAAAGACAAUACCAAUAUGA